AUUCUAUGAAGUCACGAAACCGAUAUGCCAUGCAGGAAUACCGUUGGUCGAACAAAAAAUGGACGAGAUGGACCGACGUCCCAUUAGCGACCUUUGUCAUGAUAUUCGUAAUAUUAUCCAGGAUUCGAAAUGGGGCGAGUUGUUUACCUAUUCCACUGUUAGCAUUCUGAGAGACGCCGACAAUCUCAACUGUGAACGGCUCUGUGGCAUCGGACAGCAACUUCACGGUGUGUGUUCUGCCUUGGCUUUCACUGUUGCCGCACGCUCUGGCAAACUAGAAAGCACAGGAAUUCUCCCACCACCACCACCAGUUGUCCCCCAGAUGUCAUCCGAGACUCAACAAGCUUUCCCAACCCAGCAACAGUACAACGACGAUGCCCCACUACCUGUAUACGGUGAUGAUAUAUUAAAAACACCAGAGGAACAUGAUGAUGGUCUCCCCGUUUCUGAUGAGAAUGGUUUUCAGUCAGGUAUGACUCAAAGUGGAGAACAAGGUUUUCAAUCAAAUGCAGUUGGAGGAGAUUCACAAUCCACUUAUGGUGAACAGACAGGUGCACAAACUCCUUAUAUUCCUCUUGAACAAGGUUACCAGCAGGCUCAUGAGGUGGUGUCACCGGUUUCAACUGGAGAUCAACAAGUCCCUCCUGCUUCUGGAGAAAGUGCAUAUGGACAGCCACCUUCCCAAACUGGGUAUGGAGGAGAACAGACUGCAUAUGGACAACCAGCCCAAACAGGAUAUGGUGAUGAUGUAAAGUCUCCUCAAGCUGAUUAUGACCAAGAAGAUCAGACUGAAUAUGGCCAACAACCUGUCCAACCUGAAGGCGUUCAGACUGAAUAUGGUCAACAACUACCCCAACCUGAAAGUGUUCAGACUGAAUAUGGUCAACAACCUGUCCAACCUGAAGGCGUUCAGACUGAAUAUGGUCAACAACUACCCCAACCUGAAAGUGUUCAGACUGAAUAUGGUCAACCUGCUCAAUCCAGAAGUCAUUCUGAAUGAACCUGUUUAUGGUGAAGGAGUUCAGAACGAGUAUGGUCAACCUGCCCAACCUGAAGGUGUUCAGAAUGCAUAUGGUCAACAACCUGCCUAUGGAGAAGCUGUUCAGACUGGAUAUGGUCAACCUGCCCAACCUGAAGGCGUUCAGAAUGAAUAUGGCCAACCUGCCCAACCUGAAGGCGUUCAGAAUGAAUAUGGCCAACCUGCCCAACCUGAAGGCAUUCAAAAUGAAUAUGGUCAACCUGCCCAACCUGAAGGCGUUCAGAAUGAAUAUGGUCAAUCUGCCCAACCUGAAGGCAUUCAGAAUGAAUAUGGUCAACAACUUGUUCAGACUGAAUAUGGUCAGCAAACUGGCUUAAGUGAAGAAGUAAAGACAGGAUAUCAGCAACCUGGUCAAACUAGCUAUGGCGAAGGAGUCCAGAAUGAAUACAUUCAGCAAGCUGCAAAAGAAGAUGGAACUUCUGACACCACUUAUGGACAGGCCUCUCAGCCCAAUGUUGAAACAGGACUUCAGCAACAAAACCUCUUCGGACAGAUUCCUGAGGAAAGUGGCACACAACAGGUUGUUCCACAAAGUGGAGAACAACAGGCUUACCCACAAAGUGGAGAACAACAGGCUUACCCACAAAGUGGAGAACAACAGGCUUACCCACAAAGUGAAGAACAACAGGUUUACCCACAAAGUGGAGAACAACAGGUUUACCCACAAAGUGGAGAACAACAGGUUUACCCACAAAGUGGAGAACAACAGGUUUACCCACAAAGUGGAGAACAACAGGCUUACCCACAAAGUGGAGAACAACAGGUUUACCCACAAAGUGGAGAACAACAGGUUUACCCACAAAGUGGAGAACAACAGGUUUACCCACAAAGUGGAGAACAACAGGUUUACCCACAAAGUGGAGAACAACAGGUUUACCCACAAAGUGGAGAACAACAGGUUUACCCACAAAGUGGAGAACAACAGGUUUACCCACAAAGUGGAGAACAACAACAACAAGGAUUGCAACCACAGGUACCUAACACAGCAAUGCAAUUUCCAGGAGGUGAUGGAGCUGGAACCAUUGCGCCUGAGAAUCAACAGUUUACACAGCCAUUCACAACAGGUGAAGGCAGUUUAGUUGGUGAUAAUGCCAUUGACUCUGAGGAUAGUGAAGCUUCUGAAUCGGAUGCAUCAGAGUCAGACUUUGAUUCCAGUGAAUCUGCUGGUGACAGUUUUAUUGAAGAACUUGAAAAAGAAUUUGAAAACGAAGAUUCUGGUAAAAGUAGUAAACAGUCAAAUUUCCAUACCUACAUCGCUGAAGAAGAGUCAACAAAUCAUCACUUCUUGGCAUAUUCACUCACAGCUAUUAUUCUUGUCAUGGGAGCCUAUGUGCUGUACCACAACAAACAAAAGAUUGUUGCUAUUGUUAUUGAAGGAAGGAAUCGGGCUAAUGAAAGGCGGAAAACAACUAAUGGGACUGAGUACCAAAAGCUUACACAGGAGAUCCCUGAAGCUUAACAAAAUACAGACCUAUUUUGUUCCUUUUUUCUUAGAUUGUUGCUAUAGUUAUUGAAGGUAGACAUCGGCAUGGAAGACGGAGAGGAGGAGAAGAGGAUGGAUACAAGAAGCUUGAACAAAGUGUCAGUGAAGCCAUGCCGACAUUACAGGCCACAAAAACUUCAAAAGAGUAUGUUUUUUAAUUAAGAGUAAAAUGCAUUUUCACAAAGCAGCUGUGAAUAAAGUGAAAGCUUUUGAUAUUUGAUUCAUCAUCUGUGGAUCUUGAUAGAGUAUCAGGAUGGACUUUUUAAAAAUGGGUUUUCAGCUGUAAUAUGUAAACAUAUCAUUUCCAAUACCUACUUAGUUUUAUGUUGGCUUUGGUCUCUUUGACAUUUUUCAUGCCAUAAUAUUUUCAUUUUAUUUUGUGGGUUUCUUUUUUUUGUUUAUAAAAAAUGAAGAGCAUCUGUUUUAAAACAAGAUCAGAUUCCAUCUCAGAUUCUUCAGUUUUUAAGUUGCAAUCUUUAAUGGUUACAUGACUCGCACAGUGCUAUGCUAUUUCUAGUUAUUUACACAAAUAUGCAAGGACGCUAUACUUAGAAGGGAAAUAAAAAUCUUUUAUGCAAAGUCUAUGUAGCAUCUAUGAUUGCCUAUGUCUAUCUUCAAUUUAUCUGCAAUUUAAUGCAUGUACCGGUACCAAUGAAUUGCUGCAAGUAAUAUCAAACCUAUCUUGAUUUAAGGCUGGAAGAGUCGUUACCUGCACAUGCGACAGAUGGCGCGUCAUUGUUUACAUAGUGUCUAUCUAUUAGUCUUGGAUUUAAGCAUGUGUUAUCAUUGCUUAGAGCUCAUUUCCUCUUUAAUCUAAUAAACGCCUUAGCCGAGGUGUUUUCUUGUUUCAUCUUUCAUUGUUUCAAAAGUAUUACUAUGGUAAUGCAUACAUAAAAAUUAAUCCUAAAGUUUAAAUAAAAUGUACAAAAAUUAUGAAAAAGAUUUGAAAAAAAACACUGGGUGGUAAGUUUUGAUAGUAAUAUUUGCAAAUACUAUGUUAUUUUCACCUGAUCUAAUUAAUAAAAAGAAUAUUAUGGUAACUGAUACACAUGCUCUUGGAGUUUUCAAAAGUUUGUUUAUAGUAUUGUAAAGUAGUUUGUAAUUUAUGAAGGGUUUUAUAAAUUAUAUACAAAAUGGACUUCUUUAUUUCUUAUCUUUCAUAUUUCUUGGUGCUAAUUACAAAUUAGAGUGACCUGGGGCUAAACAGACUGUAACGCAUACAAUUUGCUCAUUUUGAAUUUAGAUACAUGUAAAAUAUUACCAAUCUUAUUGUGGUAUUGAACAUUUUGUUGUAUGUAGCUAACAUCUUGAUUUAGCAAAAAUACAGUGUAGCUAAAAUACUAGCUAAAAAAAAGUGUAUGCUUUACAGUAUGAUUUCCCCUACAAUGCAAUACAAACAUGUGCACUGCUCUCUGGAGGCACAUUUUUACAGCAUGUUUAACUAUUUUGGAUAUACUAGAUUUUGUAUGAAAAUAUCUACUUAAAGUGUAUUUUGAUAGUUGUUUCUAUGGAAAUGAGACAUUUUUCAUAUCAGGGUUAUUAAUAAAGUGUAUCUGCAAAUAAUGUAGUUUUAAUUUGGUGUCAACACCAUGACUUGUACUGUUGAUGGUUGAGUCUGUGCCUGGCGUACGUUUUCCUUUACUCUGUAGUUAAGAUAGAAGCCUAUUCUUAAAUGAAAAUUCCCAGAAUUUGUUCAUAAUUCUAUGAAUUGUACUUUGGGCUGAUAUAAACAUGUUGUUUUACAUAGAAUUCGGAGGUCACCACUCUAUUUUAUUUGAGAAAAGAAUGUUAGAAUUCUAGAUAAUGGCCGCCAUUUUGUCAUUGUCAAUACCAUUAGGUCCUAUGUAGGCUUGUGACAGAGUGGAAAAUGACAUAUCGUGAUAUUGCUAUCCUGUAAAAUUUGAUAUUUGAAUAAUUUUCUCAAAAUAUGGAAUUAAAACCACAAAAUAAUGCUGUUUCUGUAAUUAUACAUUGUAAACAAAUUACCAUUAUGUAAUUGAUGCCCAACUUUCACAACUAAUUUGAGUAGGGUUCCACCUUGACAUUUUUGUACCAUAUUUGCUAAAAGUUAAUAAUUUAUUUUGGGCUAAUGACAUAUAUUUGGUGUUUUUGGCAACUGGGUUUGAUUUGCAUCAAUUUACUGACUUCCAGCAAAAGUAUUCUGAAAGUGGUGUACAAUAAUAUCUUUGACCAGUAAUUACACUAAUGUAUUAAAAAAUUGUAGUUAAGUGGACCAAGAAAUGCUUUAAUAUCUUGUGAAAACCAAUAUUUGUGUGAUAAGCUUCACAAAAAUAAUUUUCUGGAUGAAAUAAAAUUAAAUAUUAAUACAAAAAUUAAA